AUGACCUCAAAUUCUCAGGAUACUCGCCAUCAGCCUGGCGGGUGCACGAUCCGAGACCCGACCGAAAGUGCCGUGCUGUCCUCGGGGCAUCUCUCAUCGGCAGAGUCGCUUUUGAAGUGGUCUGUCUUUCUUGACCAUCCUUCGAUCUUGAAUGAGACGGAGACCUCAUUUCUGUCACUCGAGUAUGGGCGCACACCUUUACGAAGCAAUCUCUACGCCAUAUUUCCCAGCCUGGGGCUAUCAGAAAUAAAAGCCAUGGUGAAUAUAUUUCAACAGACUUACAAUUUCUGGUUCCCCACCAUGAGCUUGGGUGACCUCAAGUCUGUGGAGAUGCGAAUAUACCAAGAGAGCUUGGAGCCAAGUUGCCAGUCGUGUUUGGCUUUAUUGGUCAUGGCCUUGAGCUGCGUUGGAGCCUCUGUGGUGAAUGAAGAAAUGCCCGAAACUGAGUCUCAACAGCUCAAAUUACAAGGAGCGUCAUGGUUCACCGCCGCAAUGAAAAUGCUUCACUUGGCUCACAUUGAUAUGAGCGUUGAAGCUUGUCAAUGCCUCUUGCUGACUGGCCUCUACUUCUCUUUCCUACAAAGACCACUUCAAACGUGGUCUUACGUGAAUAGCGCAGCAACUCGCUGCCGUUUCCUACUAUCCUGUCCUUUCGACAACCCGGAGCGAGAUGAUAGAGAACACAUUACCCGAAUAUUCUGGUCUUGCUUUGUCUUAGAAAGCAACUAUAUCUCCGAGCUGCCCUCACUUCCACAAAACUGCAAUGCUGAGAUUGAAUCAAUAAUCUCACUCCCGGGCAAGUUUCAUUCACAUGAAUCAAUCGAAGAAGAAGAAAAGUCAACUUUCUAUCUGCUCGCAUCAAUAGCACUUCGACGCCUUUUAAACCGAGCCCACUACAUGCUUUACGAUCGAGAUAUCGGCCUUCAAAUUAACUCAAAUCAUUUCCCUUCUGUGAACCAGGAGCUAGCAAGGCAAUUGCAAGACUGGUACCAGACACUUCCAUCAAGUUUACAAUUUCCGGAUGAUGGGAAUCCCGCCGAUGAUCCAAAUAGCGAGUACUUGAGACAGUGGUACCUCAGUUGCCGCAGCGUGAUCUAUCGUCCGUAUCUAGAAUGGGCACUUGCUAAUCCAUCAUGGAACCUCCACACUAAUCAACGCGUGUUUGAUGGAUGCCGAGUGGCUCUUGAUACUUGCCUGUUCAAAUUAAGGCACUUCAAGCACGUGCCAUACACCGUCAUGGUCGAUACUUGGCCAUGCUCUCUUUCACUCGCGACGGCGAUGUUGACAGUGAUGGGUGGCUUUUGUCACCCCCAACUGACUGUACACCUCCGAAAUCUUGCUUUGCUGGAACUGGGUCCUCACUUGAAGUCACAAUUACAGCGAUGGAUGACAAUACAUGCCUCUUGUAUCUCUCCUGGUGUUGAGAAGGCACUGAGACUGAUAUUGAAUGCCCAUGAAUUUUUUGAAAGCAAAGUCGCAGACUUGAAUCCCUCUGCUGAGGAAGAGCAAACGCUUUCUCCCCAUGCAACUCGGGUGUUCCAUGGAUAA